UGGAAAGGGAAGUUACUCCAAAAAUAAUGUCGUUCAAAAUGAAAAUAGCAUUGGUUCAGCUUGCUGUCUCCGCUACAAAGGCUGAUAAUUUAAAGCACGCAACUCAGUUAGUGUCUCGAGCUGCAAAGGAGGGCGCCAAACUUGUGUCUCUUCCAGAGUGUUUCAAUUCUCCCUACGGAACAUCAUAUUUCCCGGAGUAUGCAGAAAAAAUUCCAGGAGCUUCGUUCGAUUCUCUGUCGAGCAUGGCAAAGGAAAAUCAAGUAUAUCUCAUUGGAGGAUCUUUUCCCGAAGAAGAUAACGGUAAACUGUUCAACACCUGCUGUGUAUUUAAUCCCAAGGGAGAAAUGAUUGCGAAACACAGAAAGAUUCAUUUAUUUGACAUCGACGUUCCUGGGAAAAUCCGAUUCCAAGAGUCUGAGACCCUUAGUCCGGGAAACAGUUUCACAACUUUUGACACACCUUACUGCAAAGUCGGGGUUGGAAUCUGUUAUGAUAUACGAUUUCCAGAACUGGCACAGGUUUAUGCAAAGCUGAAUUGCAAACUUCUGGUUUACCCCGGUGCGUUCAAUAUGACAACCGGUCCGGCCCAUUGGGAGCUGUUACAGAGAGGGCGAGCUUUGGACAACCAAAUGUACGUGGCAACAGUAUCCCCUGCCCGGGACACGGGGGCCAAGUAUGUGGCCUGGGGUCACAGCACGGUCGUCAACCCCUGGGGAGAAGUUAUAGCUACGACCGAACACGAGGAGACCAUUUUGUAUGCUGACAUUGAUCCGGCCUAUGUGGAAGAAGUACGGGAACAGAUUCCCACAAGGAAACAGAAACGUGAUGAUAUGUACACACUAGACUGGAAAAAGUCAUAAAAAUAUGGAAUAAUUUUUUCUUUCAAAGUUACAAUGUAAUUGCAAAUAUAUGAUGUAAUUGAUUAUUCAAGUGUGUUUAAUUUGUGAUAUGGUGCUUCAGAAAAAUUGAUCGAUUUCAAUUGAUGUCUGAAGAUUGGUCUCUUUACAUUUAUUUUAUCUACAUGAUUCAUUAAACAGGUUUGCAUGUG